AUUCCGGGAGGACGCCAUAGGACGAAGUGUUACCACAGCGGGCCAAGAACUGUCCCGCACGUCCUCAUCUACUUAAGGUAUUGGACCAAAGAAAUCAGCCGCAACACCGCAACGGAGAGGCACUAUGAUAUGAGGUGCGGCCGAAAACCGAAACGAAAUUAGUGACGUCACAGGACUUGACAGCAGUUGCGGAUUACGCUGUCUCUUAAUAGGUCAAAAUCUCUCUUUCUAAGUAAAAAUUAGGGACAUCAGUACCGGAGUCAAUCACCAUGUCCAAUAAAAGUACCGUGCCUCCCUCGACUGGUUCCUCUGCUGCGGUGCCGUCACCUCGUAAGGAAGCUAAAGCGAAAUCUAAAGGCAUGUCAUUCGACCCAGUGUCCUUCGCCAAGGAUUUCGUCGCCGGCGGUGUCGCCGCUGCGAUUUCCAAGACUGCAGUGGCACCAAUUGAGCGUGUAAAGCUACUUCUGCAAGUACAACAUGCAUCAAAGCAGAUCACAGAGAGUCAGCGAUACAAGGGAAUGGUCGACUGCUUCAUCCGCAUCCCAAAAGAACAGGGUUUCCUCAGUUUUUGGCGAGGCAACUUGGCCAAUGUCAUCCGAUACUUCCCUACUCAGGCCCUCAACUUUGCCUUCAAAGACAAGUACAAGCAGAUCUUCCUUGGAGGAGUAGACAAAAGGACCCAGUUCUGGCGUUACUUCAUGGGCAAUCUGGCCUCCGGUGGUGCAGCAGGAGCCACAUCUCUCUGCUUUGUCUACCCCCUUGACUUUGCCCGAACGCGGUUGGCUGCCGACAUCGGCAAGGGCGCCAGCCAGCGUGAAUUCAGUGGCCUCGGCAACUGUUUGACUAAGAUCUUCAAGUCCGACGGGCUGGCUGGACUGUACCGUGGCUUUGGUGUCUCCGUCCAGGGCAUCAUUAUCUACCGUGCCGCGUACUUCGGCUUCUUCGACACUGCCAAGGGCAUGCUUCCUGACCCCAAGAACACCCCACUGGUGAUUUCCUGGAUGAUUGCUCAGACGGUGACCACUGUUGCCGGAAUCAUCUCCUACCCAUUCGACACCGUGAGGCGUCGUAUGAUGAUGCAGAGUGGUCGUGCUAAGUCUGAACUCAUGUACAAGAGCACCCUGCACUGCUGGGGCAAGAUCUACAAGACUGAGGGAGCGAAUGCAUUCUUCAAGGGUGCAUUCUCCAAUGUGCUACGAGGAACCGGCGGAGCCCUUGUGUUGGUCCUGUACGAUGAGAUCAAGGCAUUCAUCUUCUGAAGAGACUUGUGAACUUGGAGGACUGACACACCCACCGCUCAUGUUUCUUCAUGCGUUUCCCUGCCCCCGUUUUUUUUUUUCUUUUGAGCUUCUCAGUCAUUCUGCAUGUUUUGUGUUUUGAGGCUAGCAUUUUGCACACUGCAAUAGCGGUUUUUAAUGCUAUUUUUUUCCCACAUAGAUUGGUCAUUUAUUUAAUGAGAACAUUCCAGUUUAGGGCACAAAACACAAGGCAUGCACAGUUUGGACCAAGGGGCAGGCAGGACGUUUGGAGUGCUAGUAAUAAGAGCAGAGUAAUAAAAGAGUUGAUGAAA